AUGUCUCUCGCAGUGGCCAAUAGCGGCCCGGUCUGCGCGUUUGAAGCCGCUCGCGAAGCAACGGCGCAGCGUCGCUACCCUCCCUCUUCGGCUAAAUUAUCCGCGUCCGAGCCUCCGCCCCGGGCGAAAUGCCUCGGACCGAGCCUCAGGUCACGGUUCGGACCGAACCUCGGGACGCCCCUCAAGCCUUCUUCUUCCGAGCCUCUCCGCGCUCGACCCAGGAGCGCGGUGAUCGUGCGAGCCGCGACGGACUUGUACCAAACCCUCGGAGUCCCUUAUAACGCGAACAAACAAGAAAUAAAAAAGGCGUUUCGGGAAAUGGCGAGAAAGUAUCACCCGGACGUGUCCCAAGCCUCAGGUUCGGCCCGAGCCUUCCAGGCUAUAGUGGCGGCGUACGAGGUUUUGUCAGACGACCAACAGCGGCGCCUCUACGACCUUAGCGUCCAGCGCGCUGCAACUUCUGUUCGCACUGCUGCGAGUCGCGCGGCUGCUGGUCGCGGUGCUACAGUUGCUCGCGGCGCGUCUGUUCGUGUUGCUGGUGCUCCCAAUCGCAGCUCCCCGCGGCAUUGGUCGUCCGUGUCAUCUGCCACGUCAGCACACGGAUCAUCUGCCAGCUUAGACCCAUUCGACAGGGCGUUCUCAGCCUCGGUCCGGCCCUCCGUCGAGCCUGGCCCAGGUUCGGCCCAAGCCUCAACCUCAGAGUGCCCGAUCUUCUCGGCGUGGUACCUGCGGUGGCUGUUCCACGCGCGGUGGGCGCUGGCAGUGCAGCAGCGCGCACGGCGUGUUGCGGCGUUCAAAACCAGGAGCAGCGGCGGCAUGAGCCCCUCGUAUGCCGCUACGGGAAUGAGCAGGGGAGCAUGGCGUGGUGAGCAUGAGGCACACGAGGAGGAGCAGGGGCAUGGGGGGGGAGAGAGGAAGUGGAGACACGCUCAAAGAGACAAGUUGGACUGGCGUACAGGGGAUGGUGCAGGGCAGGAGGCAGGCAGGAGCAGAUGGAGGGGAGCGGAGCAGGCUGGAUCUGAUGGGUUGCUGGAACAGGGGGGACUGUUGGAGGGAGAUGAGUGCAGUUCUGGAAGAGGAGGUGUUGCUGCUGCUGCUGCCAGUGGGGGUGGUGGUGUUGCAGCAGCAGCUGGGGGCGGUUCAGGAGGAGUGGAGCAAGGGGCAACCUUGGCAGGAGAAAAGCCCGAGUGGCGGGCGUCUUUUGGCUCAGACCUCGUUUUCAUCCUCGUUAGUAUCAUCCUCGGGGUUCUUUAUGGUACCAACGCUACUUUAGCAUGGCUGUCCUUGGUCCUUAUCCUCUCUGCUAACACGAGGCUCGGGUUGAAAGUUGCCGGAGCUGUCGCAUGGAGGCUCGGGGGAAUGCCGGGCCUGGGGAUCGGCGUGGGGCUGCAUGCCUUGUCGUUUUUGCUGGGGAAUGUGCAUCAUGAAGCGGUGGGGGCUAUGGCACUUGUUGUGUGGAUGGGGAGAAGGGGGAUGGGUGGUGGAGGUGUGGCAAUGGCACCAACUAUUGUGCCUCAAGCAAGUGGGCUCACCUCGUUCAGUCGCUGCACCCGGUUGAAUUCGUCGUCUCUCUUCUCUCGCUCGUUUCUGUCACCUUCCCCCGUUUGUGUCACAUCGCGCGUGCAGAACGAGCGGAGGGAGAGACUGGUGAAAGCGAGCCGGGACGUGACAAUACAGAGCAAGAAGAUCAUAUUCGCCAUCCACAGAGCCACAAGUCCGCGCGCCCUGGCAGCAGCCGCGCAGCAGCUGGCCUCCCUACGAGCACACCACAUCGCUCAAGUGGCGCGGGAAUUGCGAGCAGAGGACUACUGGCGCUUCACACGCGCGUACACGUGGGGGUUGCAAGAGUAUGUGGAGGCGGCAUCGUUCCUGCACUUCCGCCAAACUGGGCGCCUGCUGACCCUCGCCCAGGUGAACGGUGCGUUUGAAGGCAUUCUGGACCGCGAGGGCCAAGCCUUCCACGUGCAUGCUGCUGACUAUGUGCUGGGGCUCGCUGAUUUGACCGGAGAAGUCAUGAGGCUAGCUGUGUCAAGCCGUGCAGCUGCUGCUGCUGACGGUGGUGGUGGCGCUGCUGCUGGUAACGCGGGUGGUGGUGAUGGUGGUGCGGGCUCCACUGGAAAAGGGACCAGCAGGCGAGGGAAGAGGCAACGGGAACAACCAGAGGCUCAAGCAAAGGCUUCAGGUGCCGAGCCUGCGGCUGCCUCCGAACCUGUUGCCGCGGCCGAGCCUGAAGCAGAGGCUGGAGAGGGGAGAGGGGAAUUGGUGGUGGAUGCAGAUGCGUGUCGGUUGUUCGUGCAGAGGCUGUAUGCAGGGUUCAGCCUGCUGCCUAGGAGCAGCGAGCUGGGUAAGGAGAUGGGGAAGAAGAUGGACGUGAUGCUGGCGAGCCUCAACAAGAUUGAGAACGGGUUCAGUCUCCUUCCCAGGAGCAGCGAGGUGGGGAAGGAGAUGGGAAAGAAGAUGGAUGUCAUGCUGGCGAGCCUCAACAAGAUUGAGAACGAGUAUCCAGAAGAUCUGCUGCAGCUGGGAUUGGAGGGGAGGGAGGCAGGAGGAGUAGAGGGGGAGUGA